AUGGAUUAUUCUACAAUUUCAAGCCUUGAAUGGCACCUCUACGUUCAUCAAUUGCACAAGUGGUUCCAGGUCUUUACAUCUUUGGCACUGGCUAUUGUAUUAUUCAAGUUGAUCGACUUCCUCUGUCGAGUUACUUAUCGAUUGUAUCUCAGUCCCUUGCGCAAAUUCCCUGGCCCAUGGCUCGCCGCCACCAGCAAUGCAUGGGAAGUUUACCAUUCCUUGAAAAAUGACCGAUUUCGUGUUAUCCAUGGAUUGCACGAGAAGCACGGUAACGUUGUGCGCAUCGGACCAAAUCAGGUGUCUGUAGCUUCACCUGAAGCUUUUCACCACGUAUUUGUCACAAAGUGCAGCAGCUUUUUAAAGUCAGAUUUCUAUGCGACUAUCCAGCCUGGUCUUGGGCCAAAAUAUGCCGGUCUAUUCAACUAUGUUAAUCACAAGCAAGCCAUGGCGGAGCGUCGCGAUCUACAGCCAAUGUUUUCACCGGGAAGCAUGAAGCAGUACGAAGCAAAAUACGACGAACAACUUGAUAUCUUAAUGGAUGUUAUUAAGAAAAGAGGGAAGGUUGAUCUAUUUGGACUUUUUAAGUUUUUUAUGUUAGACGUUAUCGGAGAUCUAGCCCUUAACAAGAGCUUUGACCAAGUAACAUCAGGUAAAGAGCAUCAAUACGUGGUUGAUUUCAACAACGCUUUUAUGCUUAUAGGGCUUCAAAACACGUUCGCGCCAAUCAUACCCUUGAUACCCUAUCUACCUUUCAAGAAACUGAAAGACGCUUAUUAUGGACUGCAACGAGUGUUCUCAUAUUCAAAGGAGCGUGUAGAAGACUACCUCAAGCAGGAUAUGUCAAAGAAGCAAGGGUCAUUAAUGGCAGGCUUCUUGGACCCGACAACUGGGGAGCCAAAAGAAGGCUACUCAGCCUGGUCUAUUGCACUUGCUGGCCACGGCUUUAUCGUUGCUGGGUCCGAAGCCACUUCUAUUACCCUGACAUAUCUUAUCUGGAUCUUAAUUAAACGUCCAGAUGUGGAUCAUCGUCUACGGCUAGAGCUGAGCAGCCUCGGUAAGAGCUACUCAAGUACCGAUUUAGCCAACCUCCCGUACCUGGAUGCUGUGAUCCGCGAGACUCUUCGUGUUUAUCCUCCUGCACCAGCACCAAUGCCACGAGUCGUGCCGAAAUCGGGCUUUGAAUUUGAAGGCGUUUCUUACCCUCCAGACACCGUCAUCUCAGCUCAGCCGUACACCAUACAUCGUUACGAGGGAGUGUUCGAAGAUCCGGAUGAAUUCAGGCCUGAGCGCUGGCUCAACGUACCGUCCGAAAAGAAGGAUAGGAUGUACCGGGCUUUUGUCCCAUUCUCAGCUGGCCAAAGAGGGUAA